UGUCGGUAGGGCAGUGCCGGGUCCCGGGGCUCCGCAGUGGCAGUGGGGCAGUGGCAGUGGGGCAGUGCCAGGGCCCGCCGGUCCCCGGUGCCCUGGGGUGGCUGGGGGUGGCGGUGGGGCUGUGCCGGGGCUCCCCGGCGGCGGGCGAGCGGCGGGGCCCGCCCGGUGCCCUCCUCCGCCGGGAGCCCGGGGCGGCGGCCGCCGUGACAUCAGUCCGGGCUCGCGCCUCUCGCCGCCGCCCCGCGACCCGCCUUCUCCCGCCGCCAACAAAAGCCCCCGGCGCCGCCGCCGGCCCCAGCCCCGCUCCCGGCACCGACCCGGCCCAGCCCAGCCCAGCCCAGCCGCAGGAUGCCCAACUGGGGAGGAGGAAAGAAGUGUGGCGUCUGCCAGAAGGCGGUAUACUUCGCCGAGGAGGUGCAGUGUGAAGGCAACAGCUUCCACAAGUCCUGCUUCUUGUGCAUGGUCUGUAAGAAGAACUUGGACAGCACCACUGUUGCUGUGCAUGGAGAGGAGAUCUACUGCAAGUCCUGCUACGGCAAGAAGUACGGCCCCAAGGGCUACGGCUACGGGCAGGGAGCAGGCACCCUGAGCACUGACAAGGGCGAGUCCCUGGGAAUCAAAUAUGAAGAGGGCCAGCCCCACCGACCCACCAACCCUAACGCAGCCAGAAUGGCCCAGAAGGUCGGGGGUUCCGAUGGGUGCCCUCGCUGCGGGCAAGCGGUGUACGCAGCCGAGAAGGUGAUUGGAGCUGGAAAGUCCUGGCACAAGUCCUGCUUCCGCUGCGCCAAGUGUGGCAAAAGCCUGGAGUCCACCACCCUGGCAGACAAAGACGGAGAGAUCUACUGCAAAGGUUGCUACGCCAAGAACUUCGGUCCCAAGGGCUUUGGCUUUGGGCAAGGCGCCGGGGCGCUCAUCCACUCGCAGUGAGGCGCCAGGAGCCGGGCUCUCCGCUCGCUCAGGGCUUGUCCAUACCAGCCUCUGCUGCCCAACCCUUCCCGCACCCGCAGUGAGCAUCAUCAAUAACCACCCGCUGCUUCCCAGCACGAGCCCCUUCCUCCCCGCCCUGACCAGCGCACCCCGAAGCUGUGGGAGUCCCAGCAUGGUCCCCAUCGGGUCCUGCUGGUGCGGGUGCCGGCGGGGAGACAGCUCACACCCACCCGCGGCGAGGCCCCUGUGCCCCAAACGUGCUGCUGCUCCGCGUUCGUUGCCCGUCCCGCCGGGAUGCGUGCUCAGCCGCGCCGCACCGUGCCACCGAGCAAGAAAUAAACAUCAAAGCUGACCGA